AUGAACGCAGGCACAAUGAGUGAAUCGGAAGCAUUGGUCUGGAAUACUAUCAAUGACUUUCAUGAACGGUUGAAUGAAAUAUUAAGAACAAAUCAAAUCACGCAUGAUUAUGCACUUCUCAGCGGGUUUCUCACAUUUGUGCAUUCCAAAUUAUUAAAAAUGACAGAGAACAACCUUAAUAAGCAAAAGCAACUGUACAGGCAAUACAAGGAAUACCCGAGUGAGAUGACAGAAAUAUUUGACAAUCAUACUACAGUGUUGAUUCUUGACGCGUUAUGGGGUAAGAUAUACUAUCCUAUUUUCAAAUGGUUUCAAACUUUGAGAAAUUUUAUUGUACCUCGUAAAGCUGGUGAACAGCCAAAGUAUUUUGAAUUUAGAAAAAUGAGCAGCAAAAUUUCAAAAUUCUAUAAAGAAGUUCAAGCUUUCUUGAAUUCGAUCAUUAGUCUUAUCCUAAUGGAUCCCGAAAUUGAAGCUACUGAUGGUGUUCCUCCUCAAGUUUUCGUGUUCUUCAAUUUGAAAAAAAAAGCAGCUAAGGCACUACCUAAAAAGCUGAGACUGUCACUCAAGUACAAUGAUCCACUAGCAAAUAUUGUUAGAUUGGUUCUACAUCGGUGCAUAUUAUACUUGGGUUCAGCUCAACGGUACAAGAUCAUGUAUGAAAAAAUUUCUAAUAGACACUCGGUUGAAGACUUUGUAAAGUCCAAAGAAUAUUUUGAUCUUGCUUCUUUAUUGCUUCCCUCCUCGGGUGAAACGUAUCUACAGAGAGGUAUGGUUUAUAUUCAAACAGAUAAUUUGGGAACUGCUGUACAAGAGUUUAUCAAAGGCUCUCUGGCUAAAUCGCCAUGUCCGGCUGCGUUGUCUAAUUUUAAGACUAUUAUAUUAGAAAAUGAUAGUACUCUCCACCUUAGAUUGGAUAAACUGAUAUUGGAUGUACAUUCCCAGGAUUUAAAGGGCACCAAAAUCGUCAAUAGAGAAAUAAUUGAACUUUAUUUCUUAGCUAUAUUUGGGUCGUACUUUGCACCAGAUGUCUGGACUAAUCCGAAGAAGCCAGGUUUUUUACGGAAUGGGUUAGCUGUUAAAACGCUUGAACUUACUUUAUAUGAGAAAAUUGCUUCUAGAUACAUUAAAAAUAUCGAGACAAUUUACAACGAUCUCAUAAUAGGUAUAGGUGGCUUUAACUUGUUGCAGCUUUUCGGUAAUAUGGGUCCAGACUCUAGAGUAAAGAUAUUAAAAUCAAACACUUUGACAAGAAAUCAAUUGUCUUACCUGAGUUUCGUUUUUACAUAUAUCACUAGAAUUAUUACAGAUGUGAUAAAGGAAGCCUGGAAUGGAAAUCAUGAGGUCUACCUAUACUUGGCAAUGUUAAGAAUCAUUGGAUGUUGGAUAUUUGCAAAUGAGUCUGUUCUGGAAUUUGCUAAAUCGAAUGUUGCAUUUUGUCAAGCAUAUGCAGAUUUAUUGAAUGAUUUUUUGGCUAGUGGUUUGGUAAGUUAUGGUCCAGAUAAUAGUGUAAAGCCUAAAAGGUCCUAUCUAUUUGAAGAGGAUAUACAACUCAGAGAAUUGGGAUUUAUUGGUGAUGAACUGGACGACUUUAAUGAUACAAAGAUUCACACAUCAGAAGAUUGUAUGACGAGAUUAGUUGGUAAACCUCACAUGGAAGAUAAGUUGUCACCUAAGGAAGAAAAACUUGCACGACUCUCUGCCAUAAUUGUCACAGGUAAACAAAUAUUAUCAUACAACCAGUGUGAUAUCCAUUUCGAUACCGAAAAAACGCAAUAUAAAAUACCAGAUUCUGGAAUUCCGGAUAUGAAGUUCAAAAAUAAUGUGCAGAAGAAUGGUAGAAAUAAAUCUGGAAAGCAAACUGGUGCUGUAAGGCACUAUCAACAAGAGGUGAAAGAUACUUUGAAAGAAAAGACACUCACUAAGAACUACCAGCAAAGUUCGUCAAACUUUUCCAACGCUAAGGGUAUAAUUCCAACCGAGCAGAAUUCUUCUGUUGUUUACAGUGGCAUAUCGGUUAAGGCGCCUAGUACCUUUGACAUUAAGCCAAGUUUCCAAAUGAAGCAACCUGGUGAUACGUUAGCUCAAGAUCUUGGAAAUUUAAAUUUAAACUCCCCAAUGGUGAAUUCUGUUGGUCCAUCUUAUUAUGCGAAUACUGUCACUGGGUCUGCUAUUCAAAAUAGUGGAUCAGAAAUGAGUACGGGACACAUAAAUGAUAGGUCAGCCUUAAAUGCAGAAGAUGAACACAGAAAAUAUCUAAAUGAAAUAUUCAGACCAAAUAUGUCAAUGUCAUCUGUGGAAUCCAGUAGACGAAAUUCGUCCUUGAAAGGAUAUUUGUCACCCAAUUUAUCUGCUAACAUGCUAAGCUCAGUGGAUCAAUCAAUUACUACGCCAACUUCUAUAAUGGAUAGCCAUAGGUCAUCUUAUGGUCUACCUAGCUGGUCAGGCUCUUCCCAUACUAAGGGAUCUGAAGUAAAUGAGUUAAAUUCGGGAAAUGGAAUAAUGACUGGAAAUUCUUUAUACUAUGAUGGACGUCAUAUAUAUCCGAGCUAUCACUCUCGUAUGAUGUCGAUGAACUCUGAAACAACGAUUGUUCCAGAUGCCCCUUCACCUUUUGCAGACCGUAAUAGAACAAGUUUUGCUGAUAGUAGGGGGUCAGGCUAUGCAGAACAGCUUCUAAAUUCUAGUGUGUUUCAAAAGCAGUCAUCUAAUAAAAUAAAUGCCAGAAACUUCCCGACAUCAGCUCAACAGCUAAAUGUCAGUAAUUCACAUCAGCUAAAUCAAUCACCAAAUCUAGCGCAAGAAUAUGGUUAUCAAAAUAGUACAAAUUCCCCAUAUGUUAACUCAAGCACAAACAUUAAUCAAAACUAUAUGACAUCAAUCGGUCCUGAUUCUAUGUCUUCUUUACAUGAGGGCUCUCAGGGAUAUUGGCCAGAUCAAAACCGGAAAGAUCCACAAGCCAGUGCCAGUUCCUUCCAAGCACAGUAUCCAUAUUCAAUAAGAAACGGACAACAACCAAUGGAUAAUGCGUUCAUAAACACCGGGUUUAGCAACGUAUAUGGUCCGUCUCAUUAG